AUGGCAGGCCGGCCAAAGACUGCUUGUAGCCAGUGCAAUUUUAGCAAGGUGAGCUUCGGCACCACACAAGAGCUAUCUGUCUUCCACGCCAUUGAUCAGCAUCUUCGCUGCUCAGGGGAGAAACCAACAUGCUCUAGGUGCUUACGUCUCGGUCGUUCUUGUCAAUGGAUAGGAACACGCCGUCGAAAUCGAGGCUCAGCGUCCCGCCAAGGGUUGCCACAACUGGCCUCUGACAGUUCUGCAACUCGUGUACUAAACUAUCAGAACAUCAAUAUUCCCUCACAUCUUGUAUCUAGUCUGGUUGAUCAUUAUUUUACCAACAUAUACAACGCGAACUUGCUUCUCCAUCGUCCUACGUUUCUCCAGUCUAUAUUGGAUGGAUCCAUCGAGCAGCACAUACUUCUUGGUGUCUGCGCCCUCGGUUCAAGGUUUGUUGAUCAGCAGCCUUGUCUGCAUGAUGAUGCCCAGUCUUGGGCGGAAGAGGCAGGCCGGCGCGUCUUUGCCCAAGCCGAUCGCCCCGCCGAAGAAAAUAUCGUCACAUUCAUUAACCUCGCCCUUUUCUGGUAUAGUAGGGGCCAGUGGCAGCGUAUGAUGGUAUUUGAAAGCAAUGCACAGUGCACCUGGCGUCUAUUGGGACUCGAAAACGGGCGUGACAAUGGAGCUACCACUAUCAAGGCUGAGUUGAGUCGGAGGAGGUUCUGGGCCUGCAUUCUGAUUAAGCAAUUUGUUACUCGGUCUACAUCUCCGGAGCCCGAUAUCCAGUUACUUCGAAAGGUGUCUCUUCCAAGCGACGACAAGUUAUUCGAAGAAGAUAAUAUUCCUCAACAUCAGUUUACCCGGUGCGAUCCUGGCAGAACACCGAACUUCUAUGCUGAGCUUAUCGAACUCGGAAGCCUAUGCCUUGUUGACAUAGGUAGGGCAUCGGCUUGUCGAAUGGCAUGCGAUGAUGAGCUUGAUAUCGAUAUCAAACUCGUCAACAUUCAAAAACUCGACAGCGAGUUGAAAGUAUGGAAACGCCAAGCCCAUCCUGACUUUGGCUUUGACUCAUCCGUCUUGCCAGCGCCAUCAAUCACUCUCAGUCAAAGGGUGUUUAUAGGUAUCCUAUACCACAUGAUUGGCUGCGCAAUCCAUUCGUCAAUAGUUCCCCUGCUCUCCCUUGGCAUCCCAAUAGAAGAGCAUGGCUAUUCUCAGGCGAUAUCGGCACAAACUGCUCUUAUGCAUGCGCGCUCUAUAUCUUCUCUUCUUGAAACUAGCCACCCCGCCAUUUCGCAAGCUCCAGCGUUUGUUGGUUACGCUGCAUACUGUUCCUCGGCAAUUCAGAUACCGUUUCUCUGGUGCAGAAAAGAAGGAGUAAGACAAAGAACGUUGAAUGACAUUAGGAAAAACAUGACCGUCAUGCAAGCUAUUAGCAAGCGAUGGAGACUUGUUUCGAGACUUGCUUCCUUCAUCCCGGCACUUUAUUGUCACCACCAAAGUAUGGCGUAUUCUCUUGCUGAUGAACCGAUGGCAUUGGAUGCAUCAGAACUCAAUCGACACAAAAGCAUCCCUAAGCAAGCCAGAAUCUCAAUACUGGGACACAACGAAAUCGUUUGGAAGAAUGGCUCAAUCGACAACGGCACUCUUUUUGACGACUUGGGGCUCGGUUUCCUCGAUGAAACGGAAGAUCAGACACGGCCAGAAGCGCACCUAUGCCCAACAGAGACAAGUGAUCUGGACAAUGCAGGUGGAAUAUUCUGGAACGGCCACCUAAACUCGGAGUCUCAAUUUCAGGAUCUCAUGCAGAACGACGUCGUUCCGGAGUGCGUUGAUGCAUUUCAAGGACUUCAAUGGUCAAACUCAGUAGUGUUGGCUGAUGAGGACUGGUUAACGGGGUUUGACUGGCGUGGCUCUGAAUUUAUUACACCGGUAAACUUGGAACUCACUUAG